CUUUCGUGAAGUCGGUCAGCUGUCUCUGCAGGAAUUGCUAUCUGACAAGCAAGAGGCUUUUGAUAAUGGACAAAUGGUAUGGAAGACAAGGCCGCAGAAGCUUUGUGAAACUGUUGAAAGCUUGAUGAUCAAUGAGCGCAACAUUGUGGAUGUGGAUGGGAUUGUUCAAGCUAUUUUAUCCAAUUGUCCACGCCUGAAGAAGUUUGUGGGACCUAAAAUCACAAUGACAGAGAUUGCCAAUGGAGCAGAAUGGGUGAGCACUGGACUGACUAUGUUGGAGAUUGAUCUUGAGAUAGACACUGAUCAAGAGACUACUGAGGGCAUGGAGAAGACACGUAGUGUCUUCAAGCAACUUGGGAAAUUGACCCAGCUACAAUCUCUUAAACUAAUAAAGGUGGACUCAAGAAAGCGGACGCUGGAUUUGAGACUAAGAACUGGUCUAGAUGAGCUAGCCAACCUGAAGUGGCUGCGUCUACUAUCGUUCAGCAAUAAUUGUUUCCAAGAAAUAGAUCUUGAGGAAGCAACAUGGAUCGUGGAGAAUUGGCCAAGAAUCAAGUACUGGAAUGGCAAUAUGAUGUGUAAUAUACUUGCGCCGCACAAUAUAUAUAUUGGAUAUUGGGCAAAAAGACUGAGGAAGUAAAGGAGUGCAUUGCCUAUUCAUAGCCUGGUAUGGAAGGAAGGGACCUUGGACAUGUAGUAGAG